AUGGAUGAACCAAAAAUUAUAGCUCUUAUGGAAUACCUUUCGUCAAGUGACAGUGAAGAAGAUAUUGAAAUCAUUGAACACAUAUUAUCAAAAAAAAAAAAUAUAAUUCCGAAGAUAAAUAAUUAUAUAACGGAUGUUGUUCAUGCGUAUACAGAUCCACAGUUUAAAGGCAGCUUUCGAAUGGAGAGGUGUACAGCAUACUACGUAGUCAAAAUGUUCGAGGAGUCAAUUUUUUUUCCAAAAAACAAUUUAAGUGAUCCUACCAUCACAUCUGAAAAUCAUAUUCUCUCAUUUAUAUGGUUUUCAGCAAAUAAAUGUAGCUUACGUGAUGUUUCUGAAAGAUUUGGAAUUGGAUUAACUACUCAGUUCCGAAUAAACAACCGAGUUAUGGACUUUCUUGUUAGUAUUUCAUCUAAAUUUAUUAACUUCAAUGAGGGAAGCGUUGGUUUAUCACAAGAGUUUCAAAAAGUGUCUGGGAUGCCUGGAGUUAUAGGUUGUAUUGAUGGGUCAUCAAUACCAAUACGGACUCCCGCUCAUAAAAUAAAAAGCACAUAUACCAAUAGACAUGAUAUACCUUCAAUAACUCUACAAGCCAUAUGUGAUUAUAAGAAAAGGUUUAUUGAUGUUUUUACGGGUGCACCUGGAAAAAUACAUGACGCAAGAGUAUUUGCUCUCUCUGAUAUCAGCAAAGAGCUGCCUUCAAUGUAUGGAACAAAAUACCAUAUCAUUGGAGAUGGAGCUUACAGUAUUCGAGAAUGGUUAUUAGUGCCUUACAAAAAUUAUGGGAACUUCACUGAAUCACAAAUUAUUUUUAACAAAACAUUUUGUGCCACUAGAGUUCUAAUUGAAAACACUUUUGGUCUUCUCAAGUCAAGAUUUAGACAAUUAUUACAGCUUGAUAUACACUAUGUAGAUAAAAUAACAAAAUUUAUAAUUUCAUGCUGUGUACUACACAAUAUGUGCAUAAAUAUGAAUGAUGAAAUUGAACUGGAUAAUGAAAUUGGACCAUCUACAGAUCCAGAAAAUGAUUUUAUUGAUUCUGAUUUUAACCAGAGAAAAAAUGGAGAAUCAAAAAGAGAUGCUAUUAAAAAUUCUCUUCAAUAUUUUUAA